AUGGACAUUAGAUAUGAUAUAAAGACUGCGCUGAAUAUUCUUCAGAUAGCUCCUAGAUUUAGGACUGAAGCUGAUAUCGACAAACUUGUCGGAGUCACAAAAGAUUGUGAAUUCUUCAGGAAAAUAACUGAAGAACAGAAAUCAAAUGAUGUCCAUAGAGCAUCAUGCCAAGUCAUGGUGUUAAGAGAAUUCCAAGGAUUCGACUAUAUUGUGGACUUUGGAAGCAAAGGUGAAGAGUUCUUCAUCUUGCUCAAAGGGUCAGUUUCGGUGCAGGUUCCUACUAAAAAAAGACUUAAAGUCAAAAGGGAAUUGUUAGACAAGUUCCAAAAUUAUUUCGGGUGCAACGUAGGAUAUAAAUCAGCGUCGUAUAAAGAUGAAGGCAUAGAAUAUUCAAAAACAAAUGACAAAAAAGUGCAAAAUGCUAUUGAUAAUUUUAUGUUUAAUAAAAUAAGACCAAGGGUUCAUGAAGAAAAACCUGAAAUCAACGACUUAGUUCAAAAUGAAGAAAAGCACUUGACAAAACUUUUUCAGGAAAAAUUUUUGCAAGAAAAGUUUGUAAUAGAUAUAUUUCUCGAGCAGCUAUAGCUAGAUCUUGCACCCUGACGGCUUUUUUUAACUGAAACAAGAAAAAAAAAAUGAAAAAUCUAUUAUCAUGGAUUUGGCAGGGGCAGAGAGGUGAGCCAAGGUCGAUCUAUAGCCGUGCUUGCGCUAUAGUAUUACAAAACUGAAAGAAACAAGUGAUAAAGUUGAAAUCGAAGUGGAGCAGCUGCAAGAAGUCAGCGUUUUGUAUGAAGGAGACUCUUUUGGGGAGCUUGCACUAAUAAGUGACAGACCAAGAGCUGCUUCUGUUCAGGCACUUGAAAGGUCCUUUUUAGCAGUGCUAAACAAGAGUGAUUUUAAAAAAAUCCUAGGGGUGGUCACUGAAAAAAGAAUGAACCAAAAAAUAAAAUUUUUCCAGUCAAUACCAAUGUUUUCUUCCUGAACGAAAAUUGCAUUAGUUAAAUUCAGCUAUUAUUUUGAGUUUACAGUAGUAAAAAACAAACAAUAUUUAUAUAAAGAAGGCGAUCCAGUUGAGUUUGUCUAUUUCAUAAAGAGUGGAGAGGUAAGGCUGACCAAAAAAAAUACUGAAAAUUUACCAGACCAAGCAAGAUUCCAUAAAACCAUUUUGUCAAAAAAAAAAUCACUACAGGUUGUCAUAAAAGGGGAAAACGAAAUAGUUGGGGCUGAUGAAAUUAUUGAUGGAACUGAAAAAAGACUAUUUUCCUGCAAAUGCAAUAGUGGUACUGUAGAAGUUUACAUUAUUACAAAAGAUGAUUUCAAAGCAAGAAUUCCUUAUCCAGACACAUGAGCUUUUUUAAAGAAUAAGAGAUCACAGGAUUUGAUAAGAACUCAAAAUCGGAUUGAAGAAUUAAAAGAAGUAGAAGAAGCCAUCCUUAACCCAGAAUUGCCAACUCUUGGAAUCCAUAAAAGAUCAGAAUCACAGAGACUAGCCAAAAGAGAUGUGUCUCCAUAUAGAAACACAUAUAGCUGCCUGAAAAAUAAUCUGAUGCUUGGGGCUCAUAAAUCGUCUUAUAGCUUUUACCAAAAAGAACAAUUUGUGCCAAGAGUAACCACUAGCAUCCCUCGUCCUCAUCCAAGCACAGCACCUUCUCCAACCACUUCUCCUCCCCCAAAGCGAAUGGUAAAAACAGCUGACAAGAAAAAGCGAGAAAAGCAUAAGCUACGAACAGGGCCUCCUCCAAAUUUUUUACGACUAAAAAGAAGGCAAAUUUUUUCAGGCGAAAAACUACUUAUCACAGAUGAAUACGCAUGCAUGCCUGAAUUUUAA